UGAAGCCUUAACUUUGCAAGCCUAUAAAAUUGUUUCAUGCCCAGGCAUAACAAUGGUGUACGGACAGAUCCUCCAUAGAAGUGGGACAGAGGAGGAGGUCAUUAACUUGAAUGUUGGAGGUUUCAAGAAGAAAAUCAACCAGAGUACCCUGCUGAAGUUCCCUCAGACCCGACUGGGUAGACUUUUGAACUGCAAAUCGGAAGAGGCCAUUUUGGAGCUGUGUGAUGAUUACAGUGUGGUGGAUAAAGAGUAUUAUUUUGACAGGAGUCCUUGCUUAUUUAGAUAUGUCCUGAACUUUUACUACACUGGAAGGCUUCAUGUAAUGGAAGAGCUGUGUGUGUUUUCCUUUAGCCAGGAAAUUGAAUACUGGGGGAUCAACAUGCUUUCUUUGGAUUCCUGUUGCAGCAACAGAUAUCAGGAACGCAAAGAGGAUGUCUCAAACAAAGAUUGGGAUCAAAAAAGUGAUGAACAGCAGAGCUACGAUUCUUCUUUUGAAGAACUGUCGGCAUUGGACAAAGAAAUGGAGAAAUUUGAAGGUGCCUGGUGCUCUAAUAUUAGAAAGAAUGUGUGGCUUAGAAUUGAGUACCCUGGCUAUUCUUUGCCUGCUAAACUUUUUGCCAUUGCUUCCUUGAGUGUGGUGCUCACAUCUAUUGCCGCCAUGUGUGUACAUAGCAUGCCUGAAUUCCAAGUUUUUGACGCCAAUGAUAACGAAAUUGAGGAUCCCAUCUUGGUUGUGCUAGAGAUUGUAUGCAUCAUCUGGUUUUCCGCUGAAUUUGUGGUCCGCUUGACUGUUGCUCCUUGUCUUCGAAAGUUUUUUACUAAUCCUUUAAACACCAUAGACUUUGUGUCUAUUAUUCCUUUCUAUGCCACCCUUGCAGUUGACAAAGUAGACGAAGAGAGUGAGGAUUUGGAAAACGUUGGGAAGGUGGUUCAAAUAUUGCGCCUCAUGAGAAUUUUUCGAAUCCUUAAGCUUGCUCGACAUUCAGUAGGGCUUCGAUCACUUGGGGCCACACUAAGACACAGCUACCAUGAGGUUGGACUGUUGCUUUUGUUCUUGGCAGUUGGGAUUUCAAUCUUUUCUGUGCUUGUCUACUCCGUGGAAAAAGAUGAAGAUGAAUCUGCACUGCACAACAUUCCUGUGGGCUGGUGGUGGGCAACAAUUAGUAUGACCACAGUUGGUUAUGGUGAUACAUAUCCAGUGUCUUUAGCAGGGAAGCUGAUUGGCAGUUUAUGCAUUAUUUGUGGAAUACUGGUAGUUGCUUUGCCAAUCACCAUCAUUUUCAAUAAAUUUUCAAAGUACUACCAGAGGCAGAAAUUAGUGGACGUCGACCAAUGCAAUGGAGAGAGUAAGGAUCAGGUGCCCAGUCUUCCAUAUUUUAAUGUCCGGGAUCUGUAUGCCCAAAGGAUGAAUUCCUUCAUUGCUAGUCUCUCAUCAAUAAGCAGUAUGUCCAGUGACCAAGAUUGCACUGACCCUUCAAGCAUUCAAGAGACAGACACUCUAUACAACGCAAAUGCAUUGAACAACGGUACUGCAAAGUAGGUUCAUUCAUGCUUAGUUUGUGUCCUUCUAAGUUCUUACUUAAAGCACUUUAUGACUCUCAGGGCAUACAUUUGUUUUCAUGUCAGGUUUACUCAAUGUGGUUUGAAAGCAGAGGAAUUUUCAAGUUCAGGAUAUUGUCAAGCAGCAAGUUUACCGGACUUGUCCUUUCUCUUAGUUGAUAAUAUACAAACUGUCCUUCAUACAACAUGUCAACACAUAUAAGCCUGUGAUG